CGUUUCUCUUUCCGUCUAAAAAUACUACUGUUUAUACAAUUAAGCCGAAAUUAUACAAGAUUAUACUUAUCUCAUCUCCUAAUUCAUCAUUUGCUAGUGUCAUUGAAACCAACAAUAAAAACAGUCGUGUGCAUCACUGUACAGAAAUGUUUUUUGACUUGGUGGGCGUCUCCGUAGCUUUCUUAACCAUCCUCUUUGCUUACUUCAAAUGGCGCUACCAGUACUGGGGGCGAAAAAACGUCCCUUUCCUCCCUCCUACAAUCCCUUUUGGCAAUUCUAACAUUUUCCGGCGUAAGGAAAACGGUGCUGUGCGUUUUAAAAAAUUCUACGACGAAAUGAAAUCCCAAGGGUGGAAACACGGAGGUCUCUACACCAUCCUCACACCCAGCUAUCUCGUGAUCGACUUGGACUAUUUGAAAAAUAUUAUGACCAAAGAUUUCGAGUAUUUCACCGAUCGUGGGUUUUACUACAACGAGAAGGACGACCCUCUUAGUGCCCAUUUGUUCGCAAUCGGGGGGCAAAAGUGGCGAAGCUUGCGAAGCAAACUAACCCCGACUUUCACCGCCGGAAAAAUCAAAAUGGUGUUUAAAAUUUUCGUCGAGUGUGGAAAAAUCAUAGAACACACUUUGGAACACCACGCACAAAACAAGACCUGCUUUGAUGUCAAAGAAAUGUUCUCGUCUUAUAGCACCGACGUCAUCGUCAAUUGUGCUUUUGGGGUCGAAGUUGACCGAUUGAAAAAAACCGAGUUUAAGAAAUACUCGCAAAGGGCACUUGAUUUCAACACGAGGAGAUGCAUUGUCAUGUAUUUGGGGGCUGUUUUUCCGAAAUUGUGCCGGAAAUUGGGYUUCAGACAAAUCACCAAGUCAGCAGGUGAUUUUUUUAUCAACAUUGUCASAAAUACGGUUGAGUUUCGGGAAAAAACCAACACCAUCAGGAAUGAUUUCUUGCAACUUUUGAUCAACUUGAAGAAUGAUAAUAGUGACGAUUGGGGGCAGUUUAGCAUAGAAGAAGUGGCUGCACAAUGCUUCAUUUUCUUUCUGGCGGGUUUUGAGACCUCGGCGACGACUAUGUCUUUUGCUUUGUACGAAAUUGCAGCCAAUCCYCACGUUUAUGAGAAAAUUAUGGCCGAAAUGAAGCAAGUUCUUGAUAAAAAUAACGGCGAAAUGACUCAUGAUGCUAUCAAAGAAAUGACUUAUCUUGGACAAGUUGUUGAUGAAACUUUAAGAAUUCAUUCGCCGGCUUAUGCCGUCUCAAGGACGUGCACACAAGACUACCACAUUCCUGAAACCAAUAUUGUGUUAAAGAAAGGUUUCCAAGUGUUAAUUCCUAUUAGGGGGAUACAUAGUGAUCCGGAGUUUUACCCGGAGCCGGAAAAAUUUAAACCGGAACGGUUUCAUCCAGAUAAUAGGCAAAAUAUUGAGCCGUAUAGUUAUCUCCCGUUUGGGGAAGGUCCGCGAAUUUGUAUUGGGUUGCGGUUUGGUCACAUGGAAGUCAAGACAGCCUUAGCUGUGGCCUUGAGAAAGUAUAAGUUUAGUGUCAGUUCGAAAACUAAAGUUCCGUUUCAACCAAAUCCGAAGAGUUUGUUGUUUGAUGUCCAGGGAGGAAUUUGGUUGAAUUGUGAAAGAAUCUCUUAAAUUACAAAAAAUACUUAUAAUAUUUAUAAGUAUUUCUCUUAAAGUCAACCGAGGUUUUUAGAACCUUUUUCAGAUUUGUUUUGUUUUGAGUUAAUAAAUUUCUUCCAAAUAAAAAAUA